AAAAUUGUCUAAUGCAAGCCCUUCAAGUCAAGUAAUUUGGGAUAACGCAACUUUCUUCUUCCCAGCCGGACCAAACCUCACACAGAUACACAAACAAUACUUACACCUAUACACACAAAUCCAUCAUCACGCAACAAUCUCAAAUGGGCACAACUGGUAGAACAAUCUUAACACUCUCACUCUCCUCAACAGCCACUCGUUUCUCAUUUUUACACAUCCCCAAGACUUACAAGCCCAUUUCACCGCUCUACCUCAAAAGGGUUUAUCUGGGUUUUAGACCCCUUUGCUCAAACACUUCAAUAGCCACAAACCCAUCAGUAAAUGAAGCUAUAGAACCCAUGAAACACUCAAUUUUGCUUGAAAGGCUCAGAGUUAGGCACCUCAAGGACUCUACUAAAACCCCACAAUCAAGAAGUGGUCAAGAAAGUGGUGGAGUGAGUGAGGGGGGUAAGGUUGGGAAGAAGGGGAGUGAGAAUGGGGGUAAAGUUGUGAACUUUGGGGAGUUGGGGUUGAGUGAUGAGGUUAUUGGGGCUUUAGUCGAAAUGGGUAUUUCUGUUCCUACUGAGAUUCAGUGUAUUGGUGUGCCUGUUGUUCUUGAGGAGAAAAGUGUGGUUUUGGGGUCUCAUACGGGUUCCGGAAAGACUCUUGCCUAUAUGUUGCCACUUGCUCAGUUGUUGAGACGGGAUGAGGCACUGUACGGUAUGUUAAUGAAGCCUAGACGUCCUCGAGCCGUUGUUCUAUGCCCCACUAGAGAGCUCUCUGAGCAGGUUUUCCGUGUGGCAAAGUCUGUUAGCCACCAUGCCCGGUUCAGGUGUACCAUGGUUAGUGGUGGUGGCCGUCUAAGACCCCAGGAGGAUUCACUAAAUGGCCCAAUUGAUAUGGUGGUUGGCACACCAGGCAGGGUUCUUCAACAUAUUGAGGAGGGAAACAUUGUCUAUGGUGACAUCAAAUAUGUGGUUUUGGAUGAGGCAGAUACCAUGUUUGAUCGUGGCUUUGGUCCUGAUAUUCGCAAGUUUCUUGGCCCCUUGAAAAAUCGAGCAUCAAAACCUGGAGGCUUAGAUUUUCAAACUGUUUUAGUUACUGCAACAAUGACACAGGCAGUGCAAAAGUUGGUUGAUGAGGAGUUUCAAGGAAUUCUACAUGUCCGUACUUCAACAUUACAUAAAAAGAUUGCAUUGGCACGCCAUGAUUUUAUUAAACUCUCAGGUGCAGAAAACAAGCUUGAGGCAUUAUUACAGGUUCUGGAGCCAAGUUUAGCCAAGGGGAAUAGAGUUAUGGUGUUCUGCAAUACAUUAAAUUCUAGUCGUGCUGUGGAUCAUUUUCUAAGUGAAAACCAAAUCUCUACUGUUAACUACCACGGAGAAGUACCGGCAGAACAAAGGGUUGAAAACUUAAAGAAGUUCAAAAGUGAUGAUGGAGAUUGCCCAACACUCGUCUGCACAGACUUGGCUGCUAGAGGAUUGGAUCUGGAUGUUGAUCAUGUUAUUAUGUUUGAUUUCCCGCUGACCUCUAUUGACUAUCUUCAUCGAACUGGAAGAACAGCUCGAAUGGGUGCAAAAGGAAAGGUGACAAGUUUGAUAGCUAAAAAGGACCAUAGUUUAGCAACUAGAAUCGAGGAAGCCAUAAUGAAAAAUGAGAGCUUGGAGUCUCUUACAGUAGAUUAUAUUAAAAGAGAUACGGCCAGGUCAAAAAUAUCUCAGAAUACAGUUAAAAAUGCAAAGUUGAUUAAAGUUUCAAGUCGGGGGAAGAAAGCUGUAUCUGGGAAAUCAGCCUCUGUUCAUGGCAAGGCUGGAAGCACAAGGGCAUCUGGAUCAAACUCUGGCAGAGCCUCCUCCACAAUCAAAUCUAAGAGGGGAGCGACUAAGGUUUCAAGACCACUGAAGUCUUCAAACACAAGUAACUCAAGAGGACCAGUGUCUGGUGGCAAGAAGCAGAGCUCGGGAUUUAAGGUUUCAAAGCCUGUAAAAUCUUCAACUGUGAGUAGCAAUAGAGGGCCAGCAACCGGUGGCAAGAAACAGACAGGCAGUGGGAAGUCCAGUGCUGUGAAGUCUACAUCAAAGCUGAAUGUUGUUGGGUUCAGGGGGCGCAGCUCGUCAUCUAACAAGAGCGGACCAUUCAGAGCUUCUUGAUUGCAGCGGCACAACAAAUUUUGCUUUAAAUUUCUUGUACAUGUAAUUUAUUUAUAUGAUGUAUAAUGUUACGAGGGGAACCAGUAAUCUUUACCUUGUCAUCUACUAACCAAUUUCCACCUUGUAAGAUGAUUUAUCUAUAAUGUUUAAAAAGAAUCCAAUAUUUUUUUUCUA